GCGCUGGCGCAGGGCAGCGGCGCAAGCCAUGGCGGGCCUGCCUCUGUACCACGUGACCCCGCGGCGCCCUCUCCGCGCGCAGGCGGCGGCGCGCGGUGAAGCGCCGGAAGCUGUGGUGGUUGGGACCGCCCCGCGGCGGGCCCGGCGGGAAGUGAGGUUCGCGGAGCCGCCCCCGCGGCGGGAAGGCGGCAGCUUCGGUCCCGCGAGGCGCGGGGAAGCAGCAGCCGGCGGUCGGGGCGCGGGGCGGCGGGGACGGCGGCGCCGUGGGGCUGCGGCGGGCAGGAUGGUGGGGGACAGCGAUGGGCAGGCUCCGCCGGACGCCACCGAGCUGAAGCACAGGCGGAAGAGCCCCCGUUUGGCGGCGGCGCGGGCGGAGGAGGCCGAGGCGGAAGCCGUGGCCGAGCCCGGCUCCGGAGGGGCGCUGGAGGGAGACGAGCAUCACUUUGGGAUUCCGGACUCCUUGACUCGGCCGCCUAUUAAAGCAUGUAGAUCGCCAGGCAGUCCUUCAGUUUACUUUCCUGCAGAGAAUCCAACAAAGGAAAAAGCAAAGGCUUAUAACAGUAAUGAACCCGAGAUACCAGCAGAGCAUCAACCAAACCUUUAUGCACCAUUAAAAGAAAGAAAGGCUGAAUUCCUUGAGAAGAAACAGGAGCACUGCUCAACAAUAUCGGCGAGCAGAAGCAGAUUUCGAGAUCAGCCCAGUAUAGGGAAGCAUUCACUGUCUUCAACCAAAAGUGAUGGUGAAUCUCAGAGUGGAUUUCACAAGAGCUGGACUUUGUUACUGGUUCUGUUAAUUUGUGUCACAUUGCUUUAUGUCCUGUGGAGUGGAAUGCCAAGUCUUCUAGAUACAACUUUGUCACGUAGAGAUAUUGAAAUUCUGCAAGCAUUUCGAGCCCAGAUGAAUAAACUAAAAAAUACUUACCAAAGUCAGGACCCCAGACUGUGGAAAAGGACCCAUGUGUUCCUUGAGAAACAUCUUAAUGCUUCCCAUCUGCAUUUGGAGCCAGCUAUCUUACUGUUCACAGCUGGCCAAGAAGCUGAGAAAGCACUGAGAUGCCUAAGUAAUGAGAUUGCCAAUGCUUUUGCCUUCUCCCAGAAUGCUACUACAAUCAGAAUUAAUGGGGCAGACAAAGCUGUAUUGGAUAGUGACAUUGUCAAACUGGAGGUAGAUGAAGAGCUCAGCUCGGGGUUCAGUGAAGGCAAGAAAGUUGCAGUGGUGCAUCGUUUUGAGUUACUGCCUGCAGGUUCCACCUUAAUCUUUUACAAGUACUGUGACCAUGAAAAUGCAGCAUUUAAGGAUGUGGCUCUUCUGCUGACAGUUCUCCUGGAUGAACAGUCACUUGGAAAGGGCCUCACCUUGCAAGAAGUUGAGGAGAAAGUCCGGGAUUUCCUCUGGGCAAAGUUUACCAGUUCGGAUAUUCCUAGUUCUUACAAUAGCAUGGACACAGAUAAGCUGAGUGGACUGUGGAGCCGUAUAUCUCAUCUUGUGUUGCCUAUUUGGCCUGAAAAAGGCCUUCCUGUGGAGGGGUGCACAUAGAAGUUGUGUAAAGGAUGAACACACAAAACGUAUGUUGCAAUGGCUGAACAGGGAAGAACAUACUGUGGCUGUUGAGCUUGGGCUGCAUACAGUCUUUUCUGUGCAAAGAAAUUCUACGAACUGGCAGGCUAUUUCUUCUAAAGUAACUGGGACUUCUGUAAAUCAGCUGCAGAAUGCGAGCAAAGAACUUGCGAUUUUUUUGGUUAGUUGUGUUCAGUGACUUACUCAGGCUUGGUGUCCUUGAACAGGAAAUAAGUAGUGCAGAACCACCCAUCUCCUGAAGCUCUCUUGGGGCACUACUGGCUUUGCUAUGAGGUUUCUUUUCUGGCAGUGCAUAAAGCUGGUAUUGCAUUUGACAAGGUAAGAGGAUGCAAAAACAUCACCUUCAACUGCCAGAAUUGCUUACUUUUCUUCUAACACAAGAAAAACAGAAACUGAAAAUUAUGUUAGUGUUGUGAGUCUAAGCACCAGCUUUUUCUUUAUCCAUCUUAUCGCAACGUAAUGUCAGAUAUCUCUGGCAACUUCCUGAAUGAUAAAAUUUCUUGAAACAUUUGUGACUUAUAGAGAGCCUUUCAGCAAGCAUUUCUUCCUUAAAUAAGCCUCCCCCAAACAGUUCUGGAGAGUGAGAAAAGCUGAAGUACAAGGAUUGCUUAACCUUAGUAGUACUGAUGUCAAAUAAUCCCUCAGCGCCUCUCUCCCUCGCUGCUUCCAGGAAUUCUCUGUUCUUUGUCAAAGUUCUGCAAGUCUUAAAAUUUGGGGGGAAAUGAUAAAAUGUCAUCCAUGUGUGUUUAAUAUCUCCUUUCAAACAAAAGUUUAGGAAGACAUAGAUGAUUUCUCAUUUUAAUAAAAUAUUUUUGCAUCAAGAGAAUUUAUUUAUUUGUGAUACCUGGUACCCUAAAAAAAUAACCUUUCUUCAUGUGUUUGUGUAUAACCUGCUGCUUGCUUUUUAAGCUUCUAGUAAAGAACAGAUUUGCAAUGCAUGUUUUUAAAAUACAUUAUUAUUAGCGUGCCACGUGCCAAGAAUUUCUCUCGCCAGACUAAAAAUGCGUACUUGUUUCUAUUAUAAGUAUUUGGGAGGCCGGGGGGGGGAGAGAAUUCCAGCACUUCCAUUUCAUUGCUGUUACUGUAUGCUCUUAAACUAUUGGUCUGUGGGCAUUUGGUUUUACUGCAUAUGAAGGAAAUGUGUGAAGACUGCUCUCAAAUUAAUAGGAUAUUUUCCUAUAACAGCUGGGAGAUUAGUGGCUCCUGGACCCAUCCUUUAUUCACAAGCCCCUUGAGUUGUCCUGUUGCAAAAAGUCCUUCUUAAACAGAAAACCUCUUGAGGUGCUGGAGCUUCUGGGUUCUUUGUGCAAGGAAAGGUUUGGGGUGUGAAGGGGAAUGAACCAAAAUCACUGUAAACAGAACACAGUUUGAGAGAGACAGAGGUAGUCUUUUAAACCAGAGGUGGGUAUAUUGUAGCCACUGAGAGCCAGCAAUGGGUAAUACUUCUUAUUUUAAUGGGAAGAAAUAGAAAUGGUAAAAAGAUGGGGAAGUGCUGCUGUUCUGGAUGUUUAGGAAUAGCUCAGGAAGGAAAAGAUGGCAUUUACAUUUUGGACAUUUCACUGGACAAAUGUUUUGUUGGGUUUUGUUUUUAAAUAAAACAACUGUGACUUAUUUUCAAGUGUGUCCUGAUAGUGUAUUUGUAUAUUAUGUAAACUAGUUUAGCAAUCAUUGAAAAUAAAUAUACUUGUUUGUUUCAUAA